AUGCCGAUGCAAAGACUUCCUACAUCAACAUCAAAACUCGUAACAUGUGCACAAAUAAUAACUUCUGUUUCAAGUGUUGUAAAAGAGUUGGUGGAAAAUGCACUGGAUGCUGAAGCUACAAAUAUCGAUAUAAAACUUGAAGGUAACGGAUUGGAUCUGAUUGAGGUUAAGGAUGACGGCUGUGGCAUUGCAAAAACAGACAUGCCAAAUAUGUGCCUGCCAUGUUAUACGUCAAAAGUAUGUGGAUAUGAAGAUCUUGACAAACUUCAGACAUACGGUUUUCGUGGUGAGGCCUUAAGUGCCAUAUGUUCUGUGGCAGAUGUCACUGUCACAACUCGGACAAGUGAAGAUGAAUUUGCAAUGGCAUAUGCUGUAAAUGAUUGUGGAAACAUUGUUACAGCCAAACCCUCUCAUUUGAAUAAAGGCACAUUGGUGACUGUGUCUGGGUUGUUCCGAAAAGUUCCAGUCAGAAAGAAUUACCUGAAUUCAGGCCGUCGUGCUGCUGAAGAAUUGAAGCGAGUAGAUAACAUAGUAAAAUCUCUAGCAGUUAUUCACCCUGGCCUUAGGGUCACUUUCCGCCACAAUAAGUGCCUGCUGUGGCAGAAAUCUGCUUGCUCAACUUUGUGUCAGUCACUGAUGCAGAUUGUUGGGCAUUUUGUUUCUAGCAAGCUCGAAGAGCUCUUGCUAAGAGAAACAGAGUUGAGUGUUGACAUGCUGGUGCCAAGAAGAGAGACUGAAAAUCUGGCAGUGCUGUGCUUAUCAAAUGUUGACUGCAUGAUGUUAUACAUCAACAAUCGCCCUGUGCGAUAUAAGAAGCUAGAAAAGAUGGUGCUGAAGUACAUUUCUGAGUGCUUUUCUGGCCAGCCACUAACUCACAAGUACCCGUACUGUCUUGUGUCCAUUGUCAUUUCCCCUGGAGAAGUGGAUGCCAACCUUGAACCAAACAAAACACGAGUGAUGUUGAAGGAAGAGAUAUAA